AUGUCAUCAUCAGUUAAUUUGUCAUCAACCAGAGAAAUCAAAAAUGAAAUAGCAAAGGAAGAUGUGGACGGGACCAACUCUUCAAAUAUACAUGAAUCAACAACAAAAAUAAAAGACAAUGUGUCUUCAAAAGACAAUAAUCAACAUUCUGUUAAUGAUGACAACGAUUAUGACAAUAAAACACCAGAGCAGUUAUCAAAAAUUUAUGAAGAAUACCGAAAUCGAUUCAAAGUGGCUAUGGAAAAAUCAAACCAAUUAUUUGAAUCACAACAGAAUCAUUUCAUUACCUUAUCUUAUUAUUAUCGUCGUAAUCAAAUUUACUUGUCGAUUUUGAAUGAUCUAUAUGCUGCCAAUGAAGAUGAAAUUAAUAUCGAUGAAGAUUUUGGAGUAUCACGACUUGAAGAUUUAAUUGCCAAAGUACCAAGAACGAAAAAAAUUUUAACUCCUAUAAUUAAACUGAUUAAACAUAGUACAAUAACUGAUAAGCGUGAUGAACUAAGGAUAGGUAAUUAUAUGAUUGAAAAAGUUUCUGAUUUAAUUAAUGAUGAUUUAACCAAGUAUCAUACAAAUCCUCAAAGUAUUGAAAAUUGGUGUCAUCGAAAUAGUGUUCCGAACUUGAUAAGUGGUAAUUAUGUCCCCAUUAUAUUGGAUAAUAAUAAUGACUACAAUGGAAUUGAGUAUAAUUUGAACUUGAAUGAUGAAGGUCAUCAAGGUGCCACUUCUUCUACGAAUACUACUGCCAAUCUGAACUCGAACACUGGUAGUGUUAAUAAUAGUGCCAAUACCCACACUAGAAAGAAACGUAAAGUAGAGUCUACAAAAAAGUAA